AUGAACAAAGAUAUUACUAUGGCAAGUGCAAAUAUUGUUGGUAACAACUCUGGUUACGUUCGCAAGGUCCGUGAACCCGAUGUUUUUAAUGGUGAAAGAGACGCUAUUGUUCUAAACGCAUGGAUUUACUCUUUGGAGUUGUAUUUCUCCUUGGUAAAGAUUGAAAACACCCAAGAAAAGUUUUUGGUUGGACUUUCUCUGUUGCGAAAUGAUGCUCAAUUGUGGUACUCACAGAUGAGUGCCUUUGAUAGUGAGCAUACACCACAAGAUUGGGAAACGUUCAAGACGGCAUUGCGUGAUGAAUUCAUACCAAUUGAUGCCAUUGCCAAGAUGCGCGAUGGUAUGGCUAAUCUGGUCCCAGUCUCGAAUGUUACGAGUUAUAUCAACGCAUUUAGACGUCUACUGUUACAUAUCCCGGAUAUGACGCCUGGUGUAGCUCAAGACAAGUUUGUGAGAGGACUAAAACAACCUCUUCGUCAUGCUGUGCGAUCUCAUUUUCCCAAAUCGCUGGAAGAAGCUCAGCGUUUGGUUCUUACCGUCGAAGAUGCUGAUGAAGGAGAGGUAGUUCAACCUAUUAGACCGAAUGUACCUCAACCUCAGUAUGAAUCGAUGGAUUUGGAUGCAAUCUGUGAACUAGUCAACGCUAUUAAUGGUGUUCCUGGCGGUCGACGUAAUUUUAAUGCUGGUAACAAACACAGAAACAAUACCAACAUUAAAUGUUACAAUUGUCAAGGUUGGGGACACAUGCAAGGUGAGUGCCCCAGCCCUCGUACUAAUGGUCGUGGUGGUGGAAAACGCUAUUAUGGUGGCUCUUUUAAAAAGCAUUUAAAAGAUAUCAAAGUAGGAGAUACUGUUCCCAAGACUGGUAAUAAUGAUGUUGAUCUGUUAAAUCUUGAUAGCGAUCACGAGGCGGACGAUCUAAAGGCUGACAAUAACUACUUGUUUAAUUUAAAAAAGUUCAAUAAAGCCACCACGGAUUUGCCAUUGUACUCUUUUAAUCUUUACUUUAAUGAUGGAACUCGUGAUUGCUUCAACAAGCCUAUCAAAGUACUAUUGGAUACAGGUGAAGUGAACUAG